AGAGGUGACCUAAUGAUUCACAACCGAAAAACAACCAAGAAAAUACCAUAUCGCUACGACAAUCCCCGCCUCAAGUCCUCAACUAAACCCUUCAAAAAACCUCAUAAACUCGCAUAGUCGCAUUCAUAAAAAAAUAAGAAAAAGAAAAAGAAAACCAUUUAAAUUUUGCAGUAAAUUGUAAUUAAUGGCUUCAGAUGAAUCAAAACUUGAUUCCUUCCAGUUAUUUCCAUCAUCAGGGUUUUCUUUUCUUGAUAAUUCCCCUGAGAAACCUUCUCUUCCAAUCCCACCUCCUCCUUGUAUUGAAGUUUUUAUGUCUCAGGUUUCACCUUCUGUAAAACCCACUUUUGAGACUGUCAGUUUUGAUGGACUUACUCUCCUCAAGGGGAGGGUGAGUACUCAAGAAGUUUUUGCGUUGUCGAAUUCUGAUUUAGUACCAGGAAAAUAUGAAGGCGGAUUGAAGUUAUGGGAAGGCUCAUUGGAUUUGGUUAGGACUCUUCGGUUGGAGGUCGAAUGUGGCAAUCUGUCAUUACCUGGAAAGAAAGUAUUGGAGCUUGGUUGUGGCCAUGGGCUUCCCGGAAUAUAUUCUUGCCUACAGGGCGCUGCUGCUGUACAUUUUCAAGAUUUCAAUUCGGAGGUUCUACAGUCUCUCACGAUUCCCAAUGUUGUUGCCAAUCUUUUUGCAAAGUCUAAGUCCGAGGAUACUCAGGCAGACGUCCAUUACUUUGCGGGCGAUUGGAGUGAAGUACAUCAAGUAUUGCCUUAUUUACAAACUGAUGAUCAGGACAUGAAUUGUAGGUCAGGGACAAAUGAAAGUUUUGGUUAUGAUAUCGUUCUCAUGGCCGAGACGGUUUACUCAAUUUCAACUCUUCCUGCUCUAUAUGAACUUAUAAAGAAGUGUACUAGUCAUCCUCAUGGUGUUGUUUACAUGGCAGCAAAGAAGUAUUAUUUUGGAGUUGGAGGGGGGUCAAGACGUUUCAUAUCACUGGUUGAGAAAGACGGUGUUAUGGUGGCUAGCCUUAUUGCUGAGGUUGGGGGCGGAUCCUCAAAUGUCCGUGAAGUAUGGAAACUCCAAUUCAAGUAACAUUCAUAAAUUUAUGUAUGUCUUAUAAUACAACCACCAAUCUCCACAUGAACUAAACUUCACUGUUUCUUUUCUUCUAAGGAUUUGCUUCAUUCUAAAUAGAUGAAUUAUUUUGUUUUGCUUCAA